GCUCAACAGAGGAAAAAACCAUGCAGAACGAAGAACAGGUCCACAACGUCAUGUCAUGGAUAUGGAAAAAGAAAAAACUACAUAAACGCAAGAGGCUCAACAUUCUCUACCACGCGUAGAAAUGUUGUGGAUGUUGAAUAGUGCUAGUAACUCUGACUCUCUUUAUUCUUGUGGUUUGGACAGUUUUGCCACUUCUUUCUGAAUGCAUCCGAAUCGGACUGCUCAUCUUGCGCGAUCUUUACACUCUCCAUGGGCUUCAUCGCCUUUUUUGACGUGCUGAUGGAAGAAAGAUGACCAGAACGCACAAAAAUAAGAUUGGUCGAUAGCGCCGUUGUACUCGAUUUCUCGCCUGGUGUGUGCUCGACGUCCGCCACGAAGCGAAACUUCUUUCCAAGAUGCGUCCCCCUCCAGGCGGUGGAGCGAUUCAUUCGAACAACCCCAACAUUUCCACCAAACAGAGGGGGCCAGCACCUCCGGGAGGAGCACCCCCCCUAUCGUCAGAGCAGGAGGAAAUGAGAUAUGCGCAGCAGCAGCAGCAGCGAGCUUCACCUUCGAACAACCAGAUGGUUCUUUUGUCCAAUCCACAGCCAGCCUCCGUUACGUCGUCCACUUCCGGUGGCGGGGCGGGGACAAGUGGUUCCAGGCCUGGUGCAACGAGCUCCAAAGAGUCGUCCAGUGGAGGGAGCAGCAGUGGGCAGGAGAAAGACCCCGUGAGGUUUGGGACGGACGCGACGAAAAGGGAAGAUUUCGAUCAGGAGUUCGAGCAAUAUGUGUUAUCGGAAGACUAUCCAAGAAGAAAAAAAUGCUAUGAGUAACUUUGUCAUGAUGCGCAACUACAUGCAAGAUGAUUGUGUACUGUGUCAUACUGGUGCUGUGGAUUUUAGGGCCCAGUAUUCAUGUGCCUUUUCGUGUGCUAUUUGCGCAUGACAGGUUUUUGCUGUCAUGCCACACAGAUCUGCAAUGCUGCUCCGCAAAAAAAGUUACGCGUUGUACUCCUGCACUUUUUUCUGUUGGAUAAAGACGCACGGCGCCGGAAAAAGAAGUGGACCUACGCAAAAGCAUUUGGGGGCGCCGCGGUGGCCGCGAGUUCAGGGGCGCUAUUUGGAAUCCCGCUUGCGGCAAUGGUACUAAACACGUACAAUUUUUUUUUUUCCACGCACGAGAUUUUUUUUUCCACGCAUGAGAGGUGGAAAGAUAUCGAGAAGCACGCCCAUGCGUCAUGCAUUAUGAUGACCUUGACCACACACAGUAAAGAAUUAUCUUUGACGGAACAUGAAAAAACAGGUCCUCAUGGGCGCUGCGGGUGCGGGCGCUGGGAUGUUCGGAAUGCGGCAGAUGAAUGGGAAGGACGGGAAGCAGCGCGGCCAGAAAUCCAUAGAGGACGAAGCCGGCCCGGGCGGGCGGUCGCCGGGGCGCAGAAGGUACGCGACGCACAAACGAUUUUUGCAAACCGGGCGCCCGCCACCCAGUCUGAAGCGGGUCCGGUUUCUGAUCAAGUGGGCGUCGAUCAAGAUUGACGAACUGGAAGAGGGAGACCACCCGGGCGUGAUCCAGUAUGAGACUGCACAAUUCCCCCUCCCCCUCAUUUGUAAUGCAAAGUACCAAAUCCAUAUCCACCCUUUGCCUCUUGGCACGUUUUGCAUGGCAAGUUCUGGAAGCCCAAAUAGCACUACACUCCUGUGCAAAUUUAUCAUGCAAAACCUGCAUUCUUGCUGACACUUAUAGUGCCGCUCAUGCUAUACAAAUAAGGGGGAGGGGGAGUUGUGCGCUGUCAUAUCCAGCUGAUGGAUGACAUUAUCUCGGAAUUCAGCUUGGUGGUGGUAUCAAGAAGAAAAAUCCCGCCUCCGCAUAUCAAAACGGAAAUCUGUGCUGCAGAUUUGUGUCCACAAAUCAGCUCUGUCAUGCUAGAAGGAAAAAGAUGCGGACUGUAGUGCUGGGUGGCGUGCGAAAGCCUUGCAUCUUCAGCAUGACAGGAGGCAGCUGGAAGUGGGGCGCAGCGUGACAAAUUGCCUGCGAACGAGGCCACAACUGCGGGUCUUGGCCUUUUAGCAAUACAAGACGACUUGUGUGCUCAAAUACAACAUCACAAGUUGAAGCUUCGUUUUCGAUAUGGGGAGGGGGGAUGUUUCCUAGCGAUAGGUGGAGGCCGCAAAAACCUCACUGAACGCUGAAACGGAACGGCAGAAGCUGCAUGCAUUCGUGCGCUUUUUGGAGAAGAUAAAAACCUACAAAAAGUACGCGCAUGCGAAUCAGGUAUAAUAUUGCGUAUGCUACAUAGAAUUAGAAUGAAGCUUUUCAUCUUCUGCAAGAUGAAAUGAAAAUGAUGUACUCUUGUUACCUUAUCGUUCGUCCGUUGCUGCAGUCUUACUUCCGCAGUCGUUGUCGUUGUGGCAUCGCGGCUUUUGCGCAUGACACAUCAAACCUACACCAUUAGGUCUGGCUCAAAUCCUGGGAGGAGUCAAACGAUGAAGAGCUGAACGAGAUUGGUGACGUGAACAGCCGAAUGGUGCUUCCCUCCGAUGCCUGGCUCCGGCUGCAAUUUGUCUUCCCCACCAUCAUUAACAUUGCGAAAAUCCUCUCCGCGCACGAGAAGGUGCACAAGACCGCGCACCUGGGCUGCACCCCUAUGCAUAGCAAAAGUAUCGUACUUGUACUACAUGCAGUACAGUACGACACAUCUGGUGGUCUCGUGGCUAUUUCAGCAAUACAAAUCAUAUUUUUCCUUGUGGUUCUCGUUCUUGUGGAAAAAAAUUUUAUUGUAUUGCUAUUUCAUUCAUCUACCACUACUAGUACGAUGCUUUUGCAAUGCAUAACCGCGGUCGGGGGGCAAAUCGUGAACGCGAUCGAUCACUUGGCGGAUUGGUGCUACUCUGUGCUGUCGAUGAGGCGAGUGAAGCGGUUUCUGGCGGAAUAUGAGGAGAUGGCCGCGGCGGCAUUAGAGGACAACGCGAAGCAGCAGGCUCUGUUGGACGGUAAGAUGCAGGUGGAGGAGGAUAGUGAUUCGACAGAAAAGAAAAACGCAAAAUCUGACGGAACGCUGCUGAAAGCCGCGUCGCCAGCUACCGUCGCAAAGGUCGAGAAGUCGUAUAAGGGGAUUUCGACGAAAAAUGAUUUAGGAGGAGGGAUUGCAGAUGAUGAUCCGUCUACAGGUUUCAAGCCGGACCCGAGAAUAGCAGGGGUGAAAACUACCACACAGACACAAGGAAUAUACAACUACAGAGAACAGCCACCGCCACCGCCAGGUGCACCAAAUAACACUCCAAGUAACCCAGCGACCCCCUCCGCUGCAUCAUCUUCCCGCAGUAAUAAAGCGACUUCAAAAAGCCCGGCGAAAAAAACGAAAGCGAAAUCAGGGACGUCUCUCUCCCCCGAAAAACAACAGAUGCAGCGUGGGAGUAUCCAGGCGAGACAGCAUAACAGCUUCCACUCGCUUCCGGACGACGCAGAUGGGGAUCAGGAUGACAAUGACGCAGAGGAGGAUGAUAUGAGAGUGCACAAUGGUCCAUCCCCGCCUCCUCACUUGAAGCGGGGGGGGCAUGAGCAGCAACACAAACAACGGCAGAAAUGUAGUGACUUUCCCAUGACAAAACUGCAACACCAGGGUCUGUUGUACUGCUAUUCGAGGUUGUUCUACUAAAGUUUACCAUGCAGAGAGAGUCUAUAUAGUGGCGGCAGAAGCUUAUUUUUUGGAAAAUUUAAAAAAACAUUGGGUGUCAUAGAUACUGGCUGCGGAGAGCACCACCACCGCCACGUGUGUCGAGCGUGCUCGGCUGCGGCGCCUGUGCAGCCGCGGUUGGAAUUGAUCGGAGAAAAAGAAGGUCGGGCGCCUGGUUGACAUAAAUGAUAGGGCUGGGGGGCUGAACCUUACGAAGUGCACUGCACUCGCGGGCCCUGGCUCUAGCUCGAUGCCCCGCCGAGGCCUGCGCCGAUAGUAGUGGGGCCGCCGGCAAGCGGGCCCUGGUGGCAUGCUUGCCAGUGGCUUCGCGUGUGUGUUUUGGCAGCGCGCCGGGCAGCAGGAUGGGCCGGGGAGAUGUGGCGAGGAGAAGCAUUUCCGUGCCAGGCUUGUGAAAAGGCCUCGCUUAAUGGCCGCGGGAAAAUAACAACGCGCCCCGGGCUGCUAGGAGGGUGCGCUUUUUGCCUCCCGCAGCCCUUUCUGAAGCGUCGCCCGGCGGCUCUUGCUGCUUUUCUACCAGCUCUGGUGGCUGGCCCUUGGAGGGGCGAUCGCUGGCGCGCCGGGGUUUCAGAGGGGCCGCGAAAGGGUCACCGCACCGGCUGGAGAACAUGAAAAAAGCCCCGGAAACGUGCGGCGGCCAAAAACCGCGCCCGUUUUGAAACCUGGGAGCAAGAGCGCCUGCCGCCGGAGUACCACAACCAAACUCCGGGCUGGAGGGGCGGAAACUCUUGGUCGCUGCGGCUGUGUCACUCCCGCCCCGGCCCCUGGAGGGGGCGUGGCAAGCGAUUGGCCCGACCGAAUGUCCGCCGCCCAGCGCACCCCCAAAGCGCGGGGCCUUUGCCUCUUUUGGAGGGGCAUGAAACGGCACAAAGCGGACUGCCCCUCCUGCGUGCGUUAUGCCCCGCAAGGGCAGUGGGGGUUCGCAGAGUAAGCCAGGCCAGAAGGGCUUCAUUGAUCGCCAAAAGCGCCGCCAGCCCCGUCCCUUUCCUUUUUGCCGCGCCAUACUCGGAUCGGGACAAAGCACGUGGCCGAACACUACCCGCCCGACCAGUCCUACCGACUACGCCCAGUCGGGCACCUUCAACGAGGGCCAAGGACAGGGCGACGCAGAUGCGCACCCACGGCCAAGGAAGGGAGCGCGCGACCGCAAAGAAACGGCCGCCCACCCCUUCUGCGUGUUAUCUCCGAGGCGCGUCCCUAGCCCGCCCGCCCGCGGAAACCCGGGGAAGCGGCAGGGCCCCGGUCGCACCAAACGGGCGAAAACCCCUCCCCCACCCGAGCAUGCGCCGGCGGCGAGAGGAGGGGGAGCAACCUGAGCAGAACUUGUUGGGCCCCCUCUUCCGACAGCCCGGAAGCUGGCCGCCUUAAAUGGGCAAGGGUUUCGUGGAACGGCGCGCGCCGAGCACCCCGAACCCGGUUGGCACGCUUGUCGCCUCGACGGAGCUUCGGUUGGGAGGCUCCCCAACGGAAAUGUGAGCCGGGCAACCGGAAACACCUGCCGGGGUAGGCUAAAGAGGCACCCCCCCAAAGUGGGCCCGUAGCAUGCGGGGUCGCUCUUGCUUAGGGCCACUUUUGGAGACCCUAUCCGGGCACCCCCGUCCGCGGGGCCCGGGGGGGCCCCGAAGUGGAAAACCAGUUGCGGCAAGGGCGGUCACGCAGCACGCGCCCCACAUGCGCCCCGGAGCGGCCGCGGGGCUGCGCAGCUGCCCGGGAGCUUGGCUCCGAUUGCCCCGGCAAGCAAGAGCGCCGGCGGUCCUGGCGCCCCAAGCGCGUUGGCUUCUGGUUUUGGCGCCAUGCGCCCCUCGGUCUGGCCGAAGGAAAACAGCGACAACAAGCACGGCCCACAGCAUGCCGGUAGUGUUUUCCCCUGGAAAUUGGUCCGCGUCCGCCCUGCAUUGCCAGCCGGCCGGCUUCGCAAUGUUGGCAGGGCGGCGCGCCGAAAGAGUAAGGCGGCCGUGGCGGUCCUGGUGUUUUUGGCAUCCUCUAAAAGGGCCCCGGGCGCCGCGCACCUCUGCGCCCUACCUACUGCGCAAGCGCUGUGGAUUUCGGCUCGGGCCAGGAAAGCAGUGGGGCGGCGGAGCCAGGCCUAAUCCUUUCCGCCGUAUAUUUUUCAGGAAAUCGGCCCAAGGCACGGCGGUCGGCCGAGGGGGCUUUUCAGGUUGUAGCCCGCCCGGGCUGGGGCCACUAGAGCACGGCGCGCCGCGGUCGGGCCCCCCUUACGCGGGCCGUCUGAUCAGUUCCCCACCUGCAAAAAGGGGGGCCCGGGUGCCCCGCUGUGUUGCCCAGCGCGGCGGCGCUUGUACUCUGGCCUCCAAACGUGCUGGCAGUGUCGGCGGGCGGUUGUUUUCCGCGAAAUUGGUAUCCGAAAUGCCGCCGGGUAAUUCUUGCAAGGAAUCCCGCGACUUGGCGGAAGCGCGCUAGGGGGCGGCUUGGGAGGUGUAACCAAACCGCAGGCGCCUUGGCUGGGAUGGAGCCACGUCUCCGCCCGCUUUGCAGGAAUGGGGCUGCUCGAAAAGAGCGAGUGUCGCGCGGUUGGUGAAUUGUGGUCUGCCGAGCAGGGGUCGUGGGCGGCGGCCGAGGGGUGUUGCGGCUCCUCGCCGGGCAAUCAGGGAUGGGCAUUGCGGCCGAUGAUGCCGCCUGACCGGGGCGCAGGAGCAUGGCCCCGGGGCAUCUGGUGCGGCGCAAGGCGCUCGCCCAUUCCACAUCACGCCGUGCCUUUGGGUUGGCCAGAUUCGGCCGCGCCUGCCGGGCCUCCGCCUGCCCCGACCAAAUUCGGAGCGGCGCAGACCUGGCGGGAUUGGCCCGUCUAGGGGUCAACGACGGGCCCGGCUCCCUGCCCACGAUGCCCGCUCUAGCGUGCGCGGACGUUAAAGUUGACGUGACCUUUCGCGCCUUCUGCUAGGGGUUCUGCGGUGGUGUGAUGUGUUUGACUUUGCGGCAGCACGGCAGAGCAAACUGGGUAAGCGUUGCGCUGGCGUGGGUCUUACGCCGUCCUGAGUCCAGAAGCGUGAUGAUUCGGCUGGGCUGCGGGGCCCACGAUAAAGCCACCCAAUAUUUUUUUUAAUUUUCGCAAAAAUAAGCUUCUGCCGCCGCUAUAGUCUAAAGCUACUUACGACUUGGAGUUGGAUUUGUUUUGUUGCAUCACAAAGGGCAGGGGAAGUUGUGCACUCCUGUCAUAGAUGAUUACUUUCCACCGGAGGGCGCCGAGGACGAGUUUAGUGAUGGGAGCGAUUGUUUCCAUGACGCGGAGUCCGAUAACGACAUCGAUCCAGAGAUAUCCAUGCACAGCGACACCAGGUAGUACUUAAAGUUUUUCUUGUAUGCAGCAUCAAAUCGUUGUACUGAUGGCAUGUGUUUGUUUUUGUGCAGAAUGAGACCUCGGUCGCAGAUGAUUCUAGUAGCUUCGCACGACAUAAAUUUGUAAGCUCGCCGCGAGCCUACACUGUUGCCAAAAACUUUCAGAUCAGAAGUUCCCUCGGUUCACCAGCCCUUUCGCAACAGCUGGCACGCGUUGUCAAAUGGCCAAAACCCCUCGCACCACUCCGACUGCUUCCCCUAUGUGGAGCCCGACAAUCCAGAAAAGAAAAAGAACUGCUGGAGCCGGUCCGUCACGGCGUGGCAGGUCCGCGGGAAAAACUAUCUGAAAGACAAGAAAAAAAUCGCCUCGCCCCCGCCCUUCGCGGUAGGCCUCGCGGCCGACAUCUGUGACUGCCCCACGGCAUUAGCGGUGUACGCUAGGCAUCCAGAGGGAUUUGUUCAGGUAUAGAUUGAUGAAACGACUUUUUCAGAACAAGAAUUAUGAUGGAUUUAUUCGUAAAAAUUUUGCGAUCUGGAUGAAGAUAUUGAUAUGAUAUGGACCAUGAGUAGAACAUCUUCACAUUGUUCUUCGUGGUACGCCGCGAAAUCGGAAAGAAUAAUCCCAAAAUCAACAGCGUUGUCGAAAGGGCGGAGAGGGUCGGUUUCUGUUCGUGCUGAACUUUCGCUUUACCCCGAAGCAUAUCCUUUGCAAAAGUAUCGUACUCGUACAAAUGCCCGUCUUGCAUGACAGAUCUACUUGCAUACCUGCAUCUGCAUGACAAGUUGCGCUUUUUCUUCUGCAGAAAUUUGUCAUACUCCUUCUACUAGUGCGAUAGUUUUGUAAUGCAUAAAGCACAUGGUCCUUGUGUGGGCCCUGGACCACAAGGAGUACCAAGACCCGAUGUUCCAGAACUUUCUCUCCCUGCCGCCGGAAGAGAAAAGCAAAUAUUCUGAGUAAAAACGUCCCCACCCCAGAGUUGUCAUGCAAAUGUGCAUGCCAAAAGCAUCUCAUGCGGAGCCCCGUGAGAAGCUCUUUCUAGGCGAGUUUUGGAGUUUGUGAUGCUACAAUCAGCAUGAUAUGCUAGAUUUAUGAUGCCCUGCUGAAAUAGCCAAACAGGAUUACACUUUGAGGGCAGACUUGUGAUGCGAAACAAACAAAACUGGUUGAUCUGUCUAGCAGGUUUGCCAUCUUGAUACCUUUCUGGGGACGUUUUUCCUCGCAAUAGCAAACGCUUCAAAUUCAUCCCGUGCCUCGUCGAAGGCCCGUGGCUGGUCCGCCAGGCGGUGGGGACUAAACCGGCACUGCUGGGCAACAAAAUUAAGUCCGAUUGGUACCAGGGGGACGACUUUAUAGAAAUGUCCGUCGACAUCUUCUCCUCCUCGUACGCCUCGCAAAAGUAUCGCACUUCUAGUGCAAAACUGCAUCACAAUUUUUUUCAAGAACAAGGAUGCAAGUUGUCAUGCUAUGUCAGGUGCUUAGAAAGAAAAAUUAAGUUAGGGUUGUCAUGCAUGACUGGAAUUAUUUUUACCUGUGCGAUACUUCUUUUGCAGAGGAUACCUCGGCAGCCAGGGCGAUUUUGGGGGUGACCAGCGGUGCGGCGCGGAAACUGAUUCUGGAAUUCGGUUUGUUGCUGGAAGGGCAGUCUGUGGACGAACUACCGGAGAGGAUGAUGACCGGAUUUCGCAUCAUUUUCCCGGACCUAGACAAGGCGAGACUGAUGUCUCCGGAGGAGGGCAUGCCGCUGCUCAAAGGAGGCGGGGCGGCGCAAGGAUAG